AUGACGGAACAAAGCUUGCCAACGAGCCCGAUGAUCGCGCGAUGGCGAAAAAAAAAGACGAGAUUGAAAGAGAGAGAUCUGGACAGUCCAAGUAUCUUAUUGCAACUCCAUCUAGAUUCAGAACUGGAGAACCCUCUUCCAUGUCCCAUAAGCGCGAGCGACUAUCUCCAUAAUCAUCAACGGCAACGUCAUGAAACCAACCACAUUAGCGUUAGAGUGCUAUGGACUGAGGGUUGCCUUUACGAAAGGGUUCAUAUCCCGUUGGAUCGAUGUUCGGGACUGAGGUACGAGGGCAUUGGAAUCGGCCCCUUGGUGACAGAUCAUACAGGGUCUUUGAAGCACUUGAAAGCGAUGCCGUCUGCUAUCCUCUCGGCUGCGAGCACCCUUCGAUUGCGCAUACCGAAUUUAUCCAUUCAUACUGCUGUUCAGUUUGGCAUAUUUUUGGUAUCUCGGGCAUGCGCAAGACCACGAAGUAGCAUACAUCCCAUCCAUGUUUCUGCCCAAAAGUGCAUGGAUACCCUAUACUGCCAGCAAGCAUUGUCUUACAGAAAGGACGUCUCUAUCAAGGCACCUGUAACGCGCACGUCCCUUGGAUGGGCGCAAACGGUGGAUCUACAGAUUCUAGUUGCAUUCUAUGCCCACGAGUCGUGGUUGACUUGCUUAAGCGAGAGAUCUUCGUCCAAGCGCUCUGGUAGCGUCACCGUCGAGCUUGAUUGGAACCCUCGUCAUACGUCGGGCGCGCCUUUUGAAGUACAGGGCGGGAAGAUUGGGCUCGCAGAGUGUGGUAAUGGGUCUUGGCAGCUGAUGUCUGUUGCUCAUGUACGAUUUCCGAUUUUGGCCAUAGUUGUUGAGUACCGACUCUUCCGUCUGAUCGCAGGUCCGUACUUACGAGGCCAAGCCAGGAAGUGGCCCGUGCGAUUCCAAGCCGCUCGUGCAUUUGCACGCAGAUGCACCACGCGCAUGCGCCUACCAGAGGAGAGCAAGCACCAACAGUGUAGCGCAUCAAGCCAUUUGCUGCCACUGCCGAUGCACCAACGUGGCGCUAAGAAACUAACGGGCGAAAUCCAUCACAUCAAAAGAGAUGGUACUGUGUCAAGUCAAUUCAUGCUUGAAGAACAUGUUCGCUCAUCUCGCACGUACCCUAUGGGCAAUCCAAUUGCUCCCGCCAUAUUAACGUACAAGCGCUCUUCUGGCGGCACAGUCAUGCUCCUUGCAAUAGAUGAGUCUAUCGAAGAUGAUGGCCGUCGCGGCGGCAAUGAGUACGCCACGUCCGAGGGAAUGAAUGUACGACCGCUCUGCCAUGUGUUGAAAUGGGAAGACGACGAGGCCGGCAAAGCAAGUGCGUUCUAG